CGGCUGCGGCAGCAGAAGGCCGGGCCGCUGCCUCCGCCAUGGAUCCGGUCUGGCUGUUCCGCGACGCGGUGUGAGGGUGUGCGUUUAAAAAUGGUGCAGAAGUACCAGUCCCCUGUUCGAGUCUACAAAUAUCCCUUUGAGCUCGUCAUGGCGGCUUAUGAGAAGCGCUUUCCCACGUGCCCAGAGAUCCCUGUCUUCCUGGGCAGUGAGAUCCUUCAGGAAUCCAAGAGUGAUGAUGGAGCUGUUCAUAUUGUCGAACGGAGCUGCAAGCUGAAUGUGGACGCUCCGCGGCUGCUGAAGAAGAUUGCUGGGGUAGAGUAUGUCUUUUUCAUACAGAAAAACACCGUGAACUGGAAGGAGCGAACACUCCUCAUUGAGGCUCACAACGAGACCUUUGCCAAUCGCGUUGUUGUCCUUGAGACGUGUAGCUACUCGGUUCACCCUGAGAAUGAAGAGUGGACGUGCUUUGAACAGUCUGCGUCUCUUGACAUCAAGUCGUUCUUUGGCUUUGAAAACACAGUGGAGAAAAUUGCCAUGAAGCAGUACACUGCCAACAUCAAGCGGGGCAAGGAGGUGAUCGAGCAUUACCUGAAGGAGCUGAUCUCCCAGGGCAUCACCUUCAUCCCCCGAUGGACACCUCCACCCGUGAGCAGACAAAAGGAAAAGAGGGCCCUGGCUGUGGGACACAACCUUGGUAUUGUGCCAGCAGAGUCUUGCAUGCAUGGAACUACCAAAGAGCAGCCAGGCAGCUCGUGCCCCGCUGCAGAGACGGCUAGCCCUGAUGCUGACAAACUGGACGCUGAUUACAUUGAACGGUACCUGGGCCAGCUGACUCCAAUGCAGGAAAGCUGCCUGAUCCGACUCCGUCAGUGGCUGCAGGAAAUGCACAAAGGCAAGAUCCCCAAAGAUGAGCAUAUCCUUCGAUUCCUGAGGGCUCGCGAUUUCAACAUUGACAAGGCUCGCGAGAUGCUCUGCCAGUCGCUGACCUGGCGCAAGCAGUACCAGGUGGAUUACAUCCUGCAGACCUGGCGACCCCCGUCCCUGCUGGAGGAGUACUACACCGGGGGGUGGCAUUACCAGGACAAAGAUGGCCGCCCCCUCUACAUCCUCCGCCUUGGUCAGAUGGACACAAAAGGUUUGGUGAAGGCCCUGGGAGAAGAGUCGCUCCUGCGACACGUUUUGUCAAUUAACGAGGAGGGACAAAAGAGGUGUGAGGAAAACACCAACCUGUUUGGCCGUCCCAUCACAUCCUGGACGUGUCUGGUGGAUUUGGAAGGGCUAAACAUGCGCCACCUGUGGCGGCCUGGAGUUAAGGCUCUCCUUCGGAUAAUCGAGGUUGUAGAGGACAAUUACCCUGAGACACUGGGGAGGUUACUGAUCGUGCGAGCACCACGGGUUUUCCCUGUGCUGUGGACUCUGGUUAGUCCCUUCAUCAAUGAAAACACCAGGCAGAAGUUCCUCAUCUACAGCGGCAAUAACUACCAGGGUCCUGGAGGGCUUGUAGACUAUUUGGACAAAGACGUGAUUCCAGAUUUCCUUGGAGGAGAAUGUAUGUGCAAUGUCCCUGAGGGUGGACUGGUCCCCAAGUCACUUUAUCAAACAGAUGAAGAACCGGAGAACUCUGAUCACAUCCGACUAUGGACAGAAACCAUCUACCACUCUGCAAAUGUUCUUAAAGGGGCUCCCCACGAGAUCGUUGUGGAAAUCCUGGAGGGCGAGUCUGUGAUCACAUGGGACUUUGACAUCCUGAAGGGAGAUGUGGUGUUCUGCCUCUUUCACUCCAAGAGAGCGCCCGAGACCAGUAGCAAAGAGGCCACUUCAUCAAGUGCUUUGACUGCUGGGGACAACAUGCAGCUAAUCGAUAAGAGCUGGGUUCUGGGGGUGGAUUAUAGCCGCAUGGAGUCUCCGCUGGUGUGCCGGGAAGGAGAGAGCAUCCAGGGAUCUCAUGUGACUCGUUGGCCUGGCUUUUAUGUUCUGCAGUGGAAAAUGCACAGCUCUUUGCCAUGCUCUGGCACCAGCCUCCCUCGAGUAGAUGAUGUCCUGGUCUCUUUGCAAGUUUCCAGUCACAAGUGUAAACUCAUGUACUACUUUGAGGUGCUUGCAUCCAAGGAUUUCAGGGGGUCCAUGUCAAGCCUGGAAUCCUGCAACAGUGGCUUUUCCCAGCUCAGUGCAGCCACGACAUCUUCCAACCAAUCCCAGAGCAGCUCCCUCAUUUCUAGAUAGCGUGGCGUAGGCCUCUAUUGACCUCUGAAAUGUUACGUCCGCGCUUGGAGGCCUCCCUCCAGGGCAGCUCUGUGGACCAACCCAAAGAGGCUGCAGUGUGGCUCACCGUCAAGGCUUUGGGGGCAGUCAUUCCUAAGACCACGAGUAGCAGCAGUCUGGGGAACUCUUUGGAAUCUAUUUUCAGUAAGAGACGUGUGACUUUUCAAUCUGCAAACUGGAUUCCGUUGAAAGGCCUACUUACCAGUUGUGUUUUAACAGACCUGUGUUUUAGGGUGAAUAUCACUUUGCAUGAAUCUGUGUAUUACUAAGGUUAAAGGGCUCUUUCCAAUCAGUCCUAUUUCUACAUACGAUAGAGGAGACUGAUGUGGCCUUAUUUGUAAUGACCCGUAGAACUAGAUUUAUUCACAUAUAGCAAAAUUAGUCUAGUUUUUCUGGGCGCCUGCAAUACCAAUGACACUCAAAAUACAGUGGGUGUUUCAGCAGCAGGGACUUGAAGCAAAUUGUAAAUAAAUACCUGAAGACAGGACAGUACGUUUUGACGGGGGGUGGGGAGAAAGAGGAGAAACUUCCAAGGUGACCCAAACCUGAAACCUCUCCCAAUCCGAUUGGAUGUUGCUUGGAAAUGCUUCCAAUUUUUUAGUUAAAAAAACCCAGUAUUUCCUGCAGUGCAUAGGCAGAAAGCCUACCUCCAGCAAGCAAGUCCUUUCUUAAAGACACCCACUUGUCUUUAUUUCCUCCUCAGGUUUAUGAGCAAUAAAUGAGUAUCUCUCUGACCCACCCCAUCAGACUGGGUGGGAAUCAAAUCACAUUAUAAAGGGCUAAGAAAAGCAAUAUGUUCUUUCCUUAAAGGCACAAGUUUUAUGGCAACAUUAUAGGAGCUGCUCCUUUAAAAACGGGCUAACUUGGAGAGAACUCUUUUUUUUUUUCUAAAGUAUGUGUGCAUGUGUAUUUAAACACUUAAUGAAACAUAUUUAUUCAAAUUGUAUCAUAGCUUAUUUUAAAUUAUUGCUUAAUUUAUUUAUAAUUUCAGUGAUAACUAUUUAUUGAACCAGAUCACCUUUUUUUAACCGGCUGCACUUUUUUGUUUUAAAAGGGAACGGCAGAUCUUCUUGAAUCCCACAGACCUUUAGAUUUCAUUUCUAGUCUCUGUGGCAGCUGGACGUCUUAGCGUUCAGGGCUGUAGCACUCAGGGCAGUGUGCCAUCUCUUCUCCCAAAGCUCAUGGGAGUGGCACCACUGACUUCAAUGUUACUCGCGUGAGUAAGGUUUUGCAAGAGCAGGGACCGAGUUUGUGGAUGUUAUUGGCAGGGAGGGAGCAUUAAGAGCUGUUGAAGAUAUGUUCUUGUACAAUCUCUGCUGAUUACGUCAGUGACAGACGUAUUGCAAAAGGAGUAAGAACUAGGAAGGUAGAAAAACAGGUGGUCGAUACCGAGCUGCUUCUGGGCAGUAUUUGUAACUAACAGACACGCAAGAAGUAUUCCUCAAUAAGAGUUUAUCUUCUCUGCCCCACCCAUCCUUAACCGUCUCACUACCUUCAUUUGCUUGUUUCUAAGCACAGGGCAUUGCCAGAAUGGGGGGAAAAACUGAUAACUGGAGCAAUGUACAUAAGGAAGUUAGUGUAUAAAUACGUAGGCUGGAUUUUCAAAGGAACCUAGGGAGUUAGGCAUCUAGUUCACAUUGACUUUUAGUGGCAGUUCCAGAAGAUAACAAAUUGAGGCCCCCUUGAACAUCCUAGCUGUCACUCAUAGCAUGGAAAAGGAAAGCUCCAGUGACCGUGCGAACACCUGCCUGGUAAAACCCUUACUAAAUAAGAACGAACAUCAGGGACUCUUCCAAGCAUUUGCCAGUGCUUAGUUAUCUCCAUCAAGUGAACGAGGGUUUUGCCUUUCUCAGGUAGGGGCUGCCAUUUUAAUGAUACCUCUCAAGCAAGUCCCAGUUUAAUGCGAAGGGAGAAUGGAAAAUGGGCUUCACCAUGAGAGAGCCCUGGAAAUCAAAGUUGGUGAGAGCGAGUGUAUGUGUACCCACAUACACAAAGUUGCUUUAACCACAACUGACUCGCUUUCUAAAAACAGUUACUCAAUUUACUGUAUAACUUUUAAACGGUUUUGAUUUCCAGCCCUUUCCAACAGCAAAGCCCAAGUCCUAUUCUGUGCCAUAUUUCAAGAUGGCUGCUUGUUUCUUGGUUUGACAGUUACGUUUUUUCAUAUUUACUCUGUCCCUGUAAGAAUAGUUCUCUUUCAGCCAGUAAAAAGUACUGAAGGUGGAAUUCUCAGCUUAGAAUUUAUUGCGUGCCUGCACAUUCUGAACUGAGAUGAGGAACAAGAGCCUUAAGUGGAAGGGGUAAAGGCCAGGGGAUGGCUCACUCCUGCUGUCUUUCUAGGGCUUCUUACAAUGGCCAGUGUUCUUUCACAUGAUCCUGAAACAUCAAUCUCCUGUGCACCGAGUACCAUGUGUGAGGUUGCACUGUAAUUCCAGACAUGUAAAAAAAAAAAAAAAAACAAAUAGGACAAAGUAAAACUCCUCUGAAACUUGACUCUUUUUUUCUAAGCUACAUUAGCUCAUAAGGCCUAAUGCUCACUUCUUCAGAGCAUGCUCUAGUGCCUGGAGUACAAGGUGAUUGGUGUCCCGGGUUCCAUUCACAGCUCCCCAUUGAUUCCUUGUGAUCCAGAGCAAAUUCUUUAGGCUAGAACAGGGACACUCAGACUGAGCUCCCGAGCCGCAAGUGGCUCUUUAACAUGUCUCCUGUGGCUCUUUGCAGCACAUGAUAUUAAAAUACCAUGUGAUUUAAUUAUGAACCAAUCAGGAUGCUUUUACUAUGUUGUUAACCAAUUGUAGUUGAUAAAAUAAUAGUACUUGGGUCAGUCAUUUUGUGUGUGUGUGUGGGGGGUGUAUAUAAUACAUUAAAAUUUCCCCUGCCUAGGGUGACCAGAUGUCCCGAUUUUAUAGGGACAGUCCCGAUUUUUGGGUCUUUUUCUUAUAUAGGCUCCUAUUACCCCUCCCCACCCCCGUCCCGAUUUUUCACAUUUGCUGUCUGGUCACCCUACCCCUGCCAGACUGUUUAAAGAGGAAUAUAUAGCACUACAGUAAAUGAAACAAUGAAUUCACACUCUGGCGGCUCUCUUGGGUAAUGUUAAUAAUUAAUUUGGCUCCUGGAUCACGGGGCUAGGACUUUCAAAAGUCUGAUAAUAGACCCAUGUAAUUUUUAGAAGUGCUGAGCACUUGUCACUUCAGCUGAAGUUAAUGGAGCUCUGGCUGUGCCACACUUCUGGAAAAUCAGGCCCAGCUGUCUAAUUGGGCACCCAGAAUGAAAUCACUUCUGUAAAUUUGGGCUUUAAUCUCUUUGUUUCAGUUACUCCAUCUGUAAAAUGCACAUAAUACCUACCUCACAGGUUCAUUGCAAGGUUGACAUUUGUAAAGGCUUCUGAGAUCUUGAGAGGAAAGGCAAAGUGUUACAUGACCAUCUCUAUAGUUUAAAAAUCACAUGGCCAUAUUUACAUCUUGACUCGUGUGUGUCUGCAAAUAUACACAGUCUGGUACAUAGCAAAUUGGGGUAUAAAACAGAUGUAGAAAAGGUGAUUUGCAUUGAACUCUGGAUGCCAGACUACAUUUCUAGUGUCAUGCAGGGGCAAAAGCCAGAAUGUUCCAGUUGAGUUCAAGGCUUGUGGUUAAAGAUUUAAAUGGUGUUUAUUUUAAAGGAGCUUUUUUUUUAUUGUCCUGCAUGGACCACAACCUUAGUUUUGCAGAAGGGCUGAGAGAGACUUGAGUCCAAGUGGUCUUGAUCUGACUGAAGCAGCAUUGCUAGAUUUUUUUUUUUUUUUUUCUUCCCAGCAGCCCGUCCACUGAGAGAACCAAAAUGAGUUUUCUGGAGCAUAAAAAUCAUACUAAUAAAGCACUACUGUAUUUUUUCUCUGUUAGGGAUAGACUGUAAAUUCCUUUUGAUAUGGAUCCUUUCUCUAUAUUGUUUUCCUAUUGUGGAAAAUGUGUGGAAACAAUCUUCAGUUGGAUGACUUAUCUAGUGAAGUGCUGAGCUAUGGUGAUGAUUCAGUGUUAGAGGAUUAGGAUACUAUUUCAGACAUUGUUUGAAUAGUCUUUGUUUUGCAUUUACAAUCCCAGAGCCCAGGGUUGGACUUCAGUAGCACGUUGCUCCUUAAAAGGUGGCAGUUGCACUCCCCUUGCCUACAGUCUUGCAAACAAGUAAGGCUCUGAUGCCCUACUCCAAAGGUCAUUUUAAAAACUAGUGGGUGGGAAAAGGGUCAGAAUCUGCAGGUCCUACCUACUGAACUUGGGUGCUAAGCUGUCAUGCGUUUAACAUAUCUGCCAAGGCCAGUUGUAUCAGCAAAGCCAGUGACCUUCUUUUGAAAUGCAUUUCACUUCCUCACCCUCCUCAUGCUAAUGGUCGUGCAAUUCUACUGUGAUGAGACUCUUCUUUACAGGUUAAGGCUGAAAGCCUAUUUGAAGGGCAUUUGUCAGUGCCUCCUGCCUGGUGUUGGUUUUCUAUGCUCCCAGCACCGACUUGAGAAAAUUCCUCUAACUAGCCAUAAAGGAUGUUCAUUGUCAGCAUUGACCAGGAAUCAAUUUUAAUGGCACUGUAACACUUCCACGCUAUCUCUGUAUAAAGACUAAAUAAAUGGGCAUUAUUUUUUUUAGGGAAAUGUACUAUUUUCCUCACUCAACCUGCUCCUGUCGUAACUUUUAUACAAGGGUCUUGAUUCUUGUCAGCAAAAAAAAAAAAAAAAAAAAAAUCUUGUUCUGAGAAUUCAGAGCAUGCUACUGGAAUAAACAGGGUGCUUUGUGACAUGUUACUGAGCAACAAAUGUGAAGCUACAGAUGCUGUACUUAUGGCAGUUGGAAGUUGAAGUUACCAGCUGUAAUUUUCUGCUCUCCAUAUUUCUGUAACUUAAAAAUAAAACGAAUAAACCAAUAAAUUGUUUUUUUAGAUGACUAAAUAUUGGAGUUGUGGUAUCUGUCAGGUAGUCUAAGGAAUUUAUAUAUAGUGUAUCUAUUGCUGCGGUUAUCUAAAUGCACCAAGGAGUAAAGAUGAAUCUUACCUCAUUUCACAAACCUGUCUCAUGGGCUGUGGUAACAGUUCAGUUAAAAUUAAUAUUUUUUUCUGUAGUGGCAGAGGAUGAUACAAGAUCCCACAG